CUCUGGGCUGAGUCUUGCACCUCUGGGCUGAAUGCCCAGGCCACCUCCCGUCCAAGCCACCCUGCGACUGCUGGCCGAGUCCUGAGGGACAGUCUUUAUCUGGCCUUUUCUGAGGUGAGAAGAAAAUUUCUCAGUCGGUUUCCUGUCGCGCCUGGGACCUGGCAUGUCCCAAACAAAGCCAAGUUCCCCUUCAGAGCUGUUUCCUGUCCUCUUCCUCCCAGUGGGGGGACGGGGGGGCGGGGCCUCAGCCCACUCAGUGCCGCCCACCUGGCUCUGCUCCUCCUUGCUUUGCUUAGGCAGCCCUCCCUCCCAUUUCCUUGGUGACCAAGUCCGGUGUCCCUGCCUCCCAAGUGCCUGAUGAGAAUAAAUGCUCCUCUUUGUGUCCCCACUGCUACUGGCUGACUUCAGGCCUCAUGACCUAGGGCCGGUGCUGCUGUCACCUGAGUCUCCCCAGCGGCCGGGACGCCUCCUGUCUGUCCUCCUCCAGUGGGUGCCCCACAGGCCAUCGGUUCCGUGUCACACCGCACAUCUGUCCUCAUCGACCCCGGGCUGAAGACCCUGCCGAGCCCUCUCCUGUUUAAGCCCCAACACCUCCUUGGUGCCCUGGGAGGGCCUUCGGGCGGCCCCAGCUCUCCGUCCUUGUCGCCCAACACCCUGGGUGCCUGUGCUGUCCGUGCACGCUGCGCGCGCGCACGCGCUCUGCGGGUCUCUACACUUCGGCACGUGCGGUUCCCGCUCCUGGAGCCCUGGUUCCUCUUGUCCUGGCGAGCUCCUGUCCUCCUCCCAGGCACAGCUGUAACGUCCCCUUCUCCGCCCGCCGCGAGCGUCAGGAGCUCCCGUCUGGGGUUCUGGCAGCGCCCUGUGCCUUCCUGCUGCCUGCCUUCGCUGGGCUCUUCUUCCCGGGCUGGAGCUGCUCUCCAGGAGUCCCGGGAAGACAAGGACAAGCUCUUACUCGUUCCUGUAAGCCGGGCGCCUGCCACAGCUGCUGCUGAGGGGACGUUGGCUCAACAGAGCACUGCUUUCUCUUCCAGCGAGCUGGCCUCCUCUCUCCUUGCGGAAGCCUGAGGAAACAGGAAUGCCGGCCCCGAGGUGAGGAGCAGAGGGUGCCUUCGUGGAUGUGAGGCCUCGGGGCUGCGGGGCACCUGAGCGAUCAGCAGGUCCAACUCCCUCCGUGCCGGUGUCCCCUCCUCGGCUCGUCGCCCCAGGAGUGGUUGCGAGCUGCGUCCAGACACCCCAGCACCUCGUCGGAGUGGUUUCAAAUCAUGAGGGAGGGUCCCGGGAAUGGUGGGUGGGCUGCUGGCGUUGCUCCCGAAUCCCGGUUUUGAAGAACUGGAACUUGCCCAGUGAGCUAGAGGCCCGUGAUCGGUGGCUGCUGGUUGGGGGACAGCUGUGACGGCGCUCCGUAAGGACUCCCUUCUCUGACCCUCCCGUGUGUGCUGAGAGGCGGGGAGCCCCAGGUCCCCCGGGGCGGGGGAGGUCCGGGGUAGUGGCUGCCAGGCCAGUUCGCUGCCGGAUGGGCGGGCGCAGGAGGAAUGGCCUGGCCGUGUUGCAGGUGGGCGUGGGACGGUGUGUGGCUGCCCCCGGGAGAGGGACCCCUCUGCAGCUCAGCCUUGAUCUUCAGUACAGCUAAGUCAGCGCCGAGCCUUCAAACCAUCUGAUUUCUGACUUCCCGGUGACGCUUUCUCCACCUGCUGCUUCCCACACCCUCCAGGAGCAAGGUCCCGGCAGGAACAGGCCUUCUCUCCCUCCUGUCUGCUCACUUGGGGGUCAGCCGGGCCUCCAGCCUGGCCGCUCCCGCCUUCCGCUGCUCGGGCUGCUGCUUCCUCCCAGCCCCUGUGACUGGGCCGCAGCCCACAUCCCAGGAGGGAGUCUCCUCCCCAAGCUCCGCUUCCUCCCCCGACACGCUUCUGUCCCCGUGAGGCACCCCAUCUUCCUUCUAGGAAGUCCUCGUCGUUUGCGCCACUGCUCUUUGGGGGGCGGUGCCCCCAGGACAUCGUCUCCUCUCGGAGCCCAGGGCACCUGCUCUGAGUGCACUUCCCCUUCUGACCCCCGCCCGUGGCACCAGCAGACCUCACUGUCCCUGCGACCCAUCUGGGCACUUGCCUCGGCGGCUGCGUCCCCUUCUCGGCCCCGGUGGCCUGGGUGCCUCCAGCCCCCCACCCCAACUGCGUCUUUGAGGCCCGGAGAGGGUUCCAGUUUGCUCCUGCCGCACGUUUGGGGGUACCACCGGUGUGGGACGGGCUCGACCCAAAGUCUCAGUUUCCCUAGUGUCCUCCUUGGUAGGGCUGGUUUCCUCUCUGCAACGCCUUUUGCCCAUGUUUCCACUGAGCUGCGUGUCCUUUUUGUGCCGAGUCGUGGGAGCUCCUUUCGGGGUCCGGGUACUAGUCCCGCCCUGGUUGUUUGUGUUUCAGAUGCCUCCUCCUGCCCCUUGGGGGCUGGUUUCCUCCUCUCUUUGAAGGGCAGCUUUGGACUCGGCAUGCGCCCACACCCUCUCCGACCUGUAAGUGCCCCACACGUCAGGGCGUGUCCCGCCGGCCCACUCCCAGGCCCGCCCCCUGGGGCUGGUGGUCCCCGAGGAGCCAGUGCCCUGGCGUCCAGCGCUCUGCCCGUGAGAAAGGGCUCCUUCUUGACUGGGUAAGUCACUCGGUCAGUGCCUGGCUUUAGUCCCUGCCCUGGACUCACGCAGGGCAAGCCCCGGGGCAGCCGUGCAGCUGCAGGAAGACGGCCGGCCUUGUUUUCUCUGCCCCAGCUCCCGGUUUACCUCCUGCCGCCCCACAUCUGGCCUGUUUCUAAGACGUGCUCCCCUGCCCCCUCCUUCCCCUCUGUCCCCUGGGCAGCUCCUGUUGGCCGUGUCCCUCUCCACACGGCCCAGAUCGAGGGGUCCAGCCUGAGAACCGCAGGUGUUUCUGACUCUGUCUCAGUGACUGGCGCUGCAGGACCUCGGGAAGAAGCUGCACGCAGGGGACCUGCAGACGUGAGCAGCCACUUGGCCGCCGCUGCUCGGGUCGGUGCCUGCGCAGGGAACGUGGCGCAGCACAGGGGGCCUCCUGUGCGCUUCUGGCGAUGCCCCCACUUGCAUUCACGUUACAGACGGUUAUAUCGCCUUUGGCUGGGGGCGGGAGAUGCUCGUCUCCAGGUCUGCGGCACUCCUGAGCUCUUGGGUCUACGUGCUCUUCAGCGUCCUCAGUCUCUGGGCAACGACCCGGGCCCCAGGCCCUCCGCAGCUGGAGGGGGCCUUCCCGACAUCAGGCCGUGGCCCAGUGAAUGGGGCCAGCUUCCUUGUUUGAGAGAUUCAGGAGUGGGGCCGGGGUGCGGGGGUGGGAGUCUGGAGCGAGCGUUGCCAUCCCGUAACCGUGGUCACAGGGCUUGGAUGACAGGACUGCUGUGCUCUGUGCCUGUAGGGCCCGUUCAGCCGCCUCCUGAGUAUCCCUGUGCUCUCCGUGGCGACUUUACAAAGGACAGAGAGGAUGUGAAGAGUCAGGAGCAAGGGACGCCCAUGAGGCAUCGCCUGGAGGCAGGAAGGGUCAUCCCAGGUUCUGAAGGAUUCCUCGGCAGACAUCUCACUAAGCCCUGCGCCUGGUUCCGGAGGAUACUGGAUUGCAGCCUCUCCCUGCUGAAGACCAACUGACAAACCCUCGGGAAUGGCCCUGCGUACCUGGGACCAGUGACAGCCUCUGCUCAGAAACCCCAGCCCAGGGGUCCUCCUGAAGCGGCCGCAGAGACAGAGUUUAUCGCGUCUUCCACAUCGGGGUCAAGCUGGGCCCGGUGUCCACCAGCCUCCAGCUGUCUGGUUGUCCCGCUUCCCGGUGUUGGGUCACCCAGCGCGGAGCCCGAGGUCCCUUUGGGAGGGGCUGGGGGGUCAUUCCAGUGCCUGCUUGCCGUGGUGCUGCAGCGUCCUUCCCGCUGGGGACCCGCCACGUCCCUGGUCCGCGGUUCCACGUCUGAGAACUGGCUCGGGGGCAGAACCUGGGCGAGGGAUCGUGACUUGUUCACUGGGGCGGCUGCCCUCGGCCUCCUGCCGUCCGUCCUUGCUCUUUUGAGUGUCCGUCUUAGACUGUAUCUUGGUUGGUUGCCCAUCCAUCGAGCCCCCGGGAAGCCGUAUUGUAGUGACCACCUGCCCCGCUCGGUGGGUCAGGCCUCCUGGUCAGUGGCGGCCAUCGUCAUAGCCCCUGGUUUCUGGCCGCUCAGUGGCGCCCCACGACCUCUGCUGCGGUCCCUGGGCGGCGGGGGAGGGCAGGGGCUCGUCCCUUUCCUCCCUCACCUGGCCUGGCGCGCCCGGCCUGUGUUGUGAGGUGACUUCGCUCUGCUUGGGGGCCUGGCAGUGGGCUGACCACCUCUCCCCAUUUUUCCUGCACUCUCCUGCUUGUAGCGCUUCAGGUCCCACAGCAAAUCGGGGCGGCUGGCUACCCUGUCUCCUGGGACGGAGGGCACCUGUGGGGAAGGACACGGGUCAUGUUUGCUCCCUCAGGGGAUGCAGGUUUGCCCAGGUGGGCUUCCGAUGCUGGCGGGACGGGCGUGCCUUGGUUGAACAUUCAGCGUCUUUGAGGUUCAGCCACUUCUGUCGAAUCCUGGAUUGGACGAUUGUCCGCUGCCUGAGAUGGGGGCUCCUUUGUAAGGUACUGGGGAGACCCUGGGGCCCCCUUUUUUCUCACUUUGCUCUUCACCCUAAGCUGCUCAUCCCCUAUGGUCGGCAAAGCAAAGAAGUCACCUCCCCCUGUGCCCCCCGCGUUCCGCACGCUUGGAUCUUCUCACCUGCCAGGACGUUCCUCUCCCCCUGCCAGCCCAGCGAAAAUUCUAGCAUGAAAGUUCUAGCAACUGGGCUGUGGCCUUGCGGCCGGGGCUGUCCGCCCGCACACCACCCAUCCCCGGGGUGGGGUCCUCAUUGCCAGUGAGGCGGGUGAUGACAAUCCCGUACCAAGACCCCAUCUCAUCACCUGCUCCUUGGACCACUCCAGGGCCGGCCGGCUCGGGUUGCGUCCCUCGGGAAGCUGAUCCCGGGAGAGAGUUAGUGCCAAAGGCUGGCUGGGGACUCACACCCACUAAGGGGACAGGGAGCAAGCAGGGUUGGACAGGGUGUCCCUUCAACCUGCGAUGUCGACCUGACAGUUUCUGCCAGCCCGUCGGGGAGCUGCAGAGCACGGACGGGCAUUAGAGGUCCCCGCAGUGGGCCCCCGUGGUCAGGCCCUCGCAGCGCCCGAGGCCUUGCGAUCCACAUCGACUGACCGGGAGAACCAACACCCAGAAGUGGUGCCCGAGGGGUGGCUGCGUGCGCGCACGGGGCGCCAGCUGCCUUUGCCCGGGCAGCACCUUGCUCUGCCCUGCGGCCGGCCUGGUGGGAGGUGCUUUGGCUUCUUGUGCAUCAGACGACCGCUGGGUUGGGCAGGGGACGUGCUUCCAGGGCGUUGGCUGACUGGCCAUCUGUCAGCGUCAUCGGUGUCAGCGCAGCUUGAUGGGAGAGGGCAGAUCUGGGUACCAGGCGUCAGAAGGCAAAGCCCAUUUAAGUCCGCAGACGUCCGUCCUGUGAGAGGGUCCUGGACUGUGCAGGGACACAGGUGUCCACUCGCCCUUGGGUUACUCAGGGCUGGUGGGGGAGGGGCAUCUUCCAGGCAGACCUGUAAAGCACAGAGUCUGAACCGAGGCGGAAGGAGGGCAACGUGAAGAGCGGGGAAGCCCUGACUCAGAGCCAGGGGCUGCGGAGGGCUUCAGGGAGGAGGGCCGUCUGGGCUGGGUCUUGAAGUGAGAAGGGUCUCCUUAGCUGGGAGAUGGGGGACGGGCCCCCUGGAAGGGCCAGACACGUUCAGGGGACUGAGUCCAGGUGUGUGGCUGGAGCAGAUGAGUUUGUGGAGGGCCCCAGCCUGACACCAUCAAUUCAGGUCCUCUGAGCGAUUGUUGGCAUGGGAGUUUUAGAGAUUUUGAUGUGCUGUGAAGUUUCAUUCAUUGCCUGUAGAGGGAAGUGUGUGUGCAGAGCUACCCAGGUAGGCUGGGCAGGCUCCUGUCGUCCACAGGGAGCAGCGUGGGAGGAAGCACAAGCUCUGCUCUGCCGUCACAAACCUGCGAUUGAUCCCCGGCCCCACCACUGCUGGAGUGUGGUACAUGCCUGGGGGGCUGCAGGCAAGGACCCGUCUGCCUCCUGAUUCCUCAUGCAUCCUUCCCACCUCCCGCCCCAGGGCCUGGACGGGAUGGUGCUCUGGAAAUGUUUGCCGACUUGAAUGGAGUCCACAAGAGAACUACAGACACUUUUAGAGAUGCUCUGAAUGUCCUUUUAAUCAUCGUGGAUGACCUACGCCCCUCCCUGGGUUGUUACGGGGACAAGGUCAUAAGGUCCCCAAACAUGGACCAGCUGGCCUCCCGCAGCCUCCUCUUCCAGAAUGCCUUUGCCCAGCAAGCCGUGUGCGCCCCGAGCCGCGUGUCCUUGCUCACCGGGAGGAGACCAGACACUACCCGCCUGUAUGACUUCAACUCCUACUGGAGGGCACACUCUGGAAACUUCUCCACCAUACCCCAGUACUUCAAGGAGAAUGGCUACGUGACCAUGUCGGUUGGAAAAGUCUUUCAUCCUGGAGUGUCUUCCAAUCAUAGUGACGACUCUCCCUAUAGCUGGUCUGUUCCACCUUAUCAUCCGUCCUCUGAAAAGUACGAAAACACCAAGACCUGCAGGGGACCAGACGGAGAACUCCAUGCCAACCUGCUGUGCCCUGUGGAUGUGGCAGAUGUGCCCGAGGGCACCCUGCCUGACAAGCAGAGCACCGAGCAAGCCAUACGGUUGUUGGGAAAGAUGAAAACGUCUGGCAGUCCUUUCUUCCUGGCUGUGGGCUAUCAUAAGCCGCACAUCCCCUUCAGAUACCCCAAGGAAUUUCAGAAGCUGUAUCCCUUGGAGAACAUCACCCUAGCUCCUGAUCCCCAGGUCCCUGCCGGCCUCCCUCCUGUGGCCUACAACCCCUGGAUGGAUAUCAGGCAGCGGGAGGAUGUCCAAGCCUUAAACCUCAGUGUGCCCUACGGCCCGAUUCCCGCCGACUUUCAGCGGAAAAUCCGCCAGAGCUACUUUGCCUGUGUUUCGUAUUUGGAUACGCAGGUUGGCCACCUUUUGAGUGCCCUGGACGAUCUUCAGCUGGCGAGCAGCACGAUCGUGGCGCUCACCUCGGAUCACGGGUGGGCUCUAGGCGAACACGGAGAAUGGGCCAAAUACAGCAAUUUUGACGUCACUACUCGCGUGCCCCUGCUGUUCUAUGUUCCGGGAAGGACGGCUCCGCUUCCAGCGGCAGGCGACAAGCUUUUCCCAUACCUCGACCCUUUUGAUUCCAUCUCAGAAUCAGUGGAGCCAGGCCGGCAAACCGGGGACCUCGUGGAACUGCUCUCUCUCUUCCCCACGCUUGCGGGACUUGCAGGGCUGCCUGUCCCUCCUCGCUGCCCCAUCCCCUCGUUUCACGUGGAGCUGUGCCGAGAAGGCCGGAACCUUCUGAAGCAUUUUCAGGUCCGUGACUCGGAAGAAGAUCUGCACAUCCGUGGUAAUCCCCGUGAGUUGGUGGCCUAUAGCCAGUACCCCCGGCCUGCGGACUCUCCUCAGUGGAAUUCUGACAAGCCGAGUUUGAAAGAUAUAAAGGUCAUGGGCUAUUCCAUACGCACAGUAGACUAUAGGUAUACUGUGUGGGUUGGCUUCAAUCCCCGGGAAUUUCUGGCUAACUUCUCAGACGUCCAUGCAGGGGAACUGUAUUUUGUAGCUUCUGACCCUUGGCAGGAUCACAAUAUGUAUAAUGACUCCCAAGGUGGAGCCCUUCCCCGAUCGUUGACGCCUUGAGUUUUGCCAACCGCAGAGGGCAUAUAUAACGCUCUCCUGUCCAGCUGGUGAGAGAAGGAAUUACACUGGUUAUUUCGUGAUUACCUGUAAUAUUGGAAGCAACCCCAGGGGUAGGCAGUCAAAACAGGCGUCAACAAUUUGGCCUCAGAAUACGUAACAGCCGAAACUUUUGAUUUGUCUUUAUAGUUGGUAAUUGGACUGGGCUGAACCUCUUCUUUCCUUUUUUUUGGAACACUCAUAGCUUAUUUGUUGAAUGAAUAAGUACAGAGUGAGCAAACUAAAAUUGUCAUAAGUUUAGCUAUCAAGACCAUAAUAACUGAACAUAACACUGUACUCAAGAAAUACUUUAAGUAUUUGUGAAAUUUAGUGCAUUUCAAAAAGUAACCACAUGUCAAAUUAGGUGUGACACAAAGUUCCUAGUUCUUUUGUUUAUAAUUUAAUAAUAUAUCUUAUUUAGCCCAAUAUAUUCAAAAUAUUAUAUCAACAUGUAAUCUAGGUUUCUUUUUAAAAUGUAAAAUAAUAAUGCUAGAUGCCAGUGCCUUAAAGUCUAGCUUCAGUUUUUCUAAGAUCACAAAUUUUCAAAUCUCAAAAUAAAAUAUGCAUGAAGUGAUUAAUAUGGAAUUUCUACAUCAAAUAAUAAAUAAUGCUCACUAAACUAGAGGCAUGAGAUGUAUGAGAAAUUCAGUUAAAAUUUUUCAGAGACUUUCUGGCCCAAAUAAUAAUUUGUUAGCAAGUAAUAUGACCUUUGAACCCAAAGGCAUCUAUUAAAAGGUAUCUUUAUUCACAGUGGAAAAUAGUUACAGGCAUAACUGUAUCCAUGAAUUGAGUCAUUCAAAACCAUUAAUGUUCUCCUUCUCUAGAGAUGGUUGGUUGCAAACAUCCAUUUAUCCAGGAGACAGGAAAUAGUCUACUUUUUAAGUGCUGAUUAAAGACAACAUUAAUUUUGUUAAAUUCUAAAUUAUUUUGAGAACUGUGAAAACUUUUCAUUAAUAUAAUAUUAGGUGAUUUCUAAUCCCCCAGAAUGUGGUUCUAUAUUCCCUAAAUAUGAAAGUAACCAGAAAGGCAGGUGGUAGUAAUAAGCUUAGCCUACGUCAUCUUAAAAAUGAUGGAGUAUUCACAGGUCAUAUUCACAACACGUUGAAGUUGAUUAAUUAUCAGUAGUCACCAGAAGAGUCAAGCACUCUCUUAAUAAACAUCUAAUGUAGUCCUGUAUCAAAGUAACCUUUAGUAAUUCUUUGUUUACAAGUGCUGCUUUGGUAUUUAAAUAUUUGUGAAACAGAGUACGGCAAAUUAAGCUACUGCACUGUGUUAAAUUGUAAACAAAAAGGCAAGAUAUUAUAAGAUUACUUCAAAUCAGUAAAAUUUCAAAUACAGAUUUUUUUUUACUCAUUAGCCUACAGUGGAGGCAUAUAUGGUAACACAACAAUCUUCUAAGCGAUUAAGUGACAGUGUUCUGGCAACAGUUUCUGCUUGAGGAGUGGAGGGCCCUAUUCCUCUCUCCUGAUCCCGAAGCUCGAGUCUCUCCUGGGAAGCCUCAGCUUUGUAGAUGGUUUCCUCCAGCCUUUUCUUUCUCCUUCUUCAUCCUGUCUUCUUUGUCACUCACAUCACUUCCACUAAGAAUCUUACAAUCCGGUCAAAUUCCUCAUGAUGUAUUUUCAGCGUACUUAGCUUCAUCUCCUACUGCACGGUUACAACGAGAAGUUUUCACCCAGGCUUUUAUUUUGCAUUCAUGGUUGACUAUUAUAUGUACACGUCAUCAUUUUUUCUCUCUUUAUUUUCUUGAAGCACAGUUUUAGUAUCAAAAAUCUCCAAAUUAGGGCUUCCCUGGUGGCGCAGUGCUUGAGAGUCCACCUGCCGAUGCAGGGGACGCGGGUUCGUGCCCCGGUCUGGGAAGAUCCCACAUGCCGUGGAGCGGCUGGGCCCGUGAGCCAUGGCCGCUGAGCCUGCGCGUCCGGAGCCUGUGCUCCGCAACGGGAGAGGCCACAGCAGUGAGAGGCCCGCGUACCGCAAAAAAAAAAAAAAAAAAAAAUCGCCAAAUUCUACUCUUGCUGAAGGCGUAAUUUGAACCGUGCCAAAGAGAGCAAAGUGACAUGCAUUCUGGCCAUCACUCACCCACGUGACCAAAGCCACAGCUGGGGCUGGGUCUGCUUUGGGGUGUUUCGCGUGUAGAUCUGGCUCUGCUGGAAGUGCUUCUGUGUCCUCUUUUCUCCGCGAGGGCGUAGCCUCAGAAUGCUCCUUAGGUUUUCGCUUUUCUUGGCCUCCCUUUAUGAAUCUCUCCUUUUAGAAGCGCGGCUGCAUUUCACAUUCAGGGGCGUGCUCUUCUAACUCAUCUCACGGGCGACGGUCGCUUUUUGUGUUUUUGACACUGAACCCAAUUUAGAGCCGCUUGUGCACGUCUGCAGCGUUCACUGGGAUGAGCGGCUGCUCUCUGGUUUUCACACUUCAAAGCCAACCACAUUCCUUAUCUUGAAUCGGCUUUGAGAAACCAUGUCUUCGUUGCAUCACGUAACUUUUCUCUGAUCCUGCUGAGCUGGACACGUUUUAUUAAUGGUUCUCAAGUCACUCUUUGUAGACUUGAGCCAGGGGUUCUUUUAUGCAGUUUAGUUGAAACCCGGACCAGUAAUCUCAGAAAUUUUGAGUGGCCCUAAACCAGUGGCUCAGAAACACGAGGGUCCUGCCUGCAGAGCCUCUGCUUCAGGGUGUCUGGGCUGAGGCCUGAGAGUCUGCACUUGGCCACAUGACACUGCUCCUCCAGAGAGUGCCCUUGAGAACCACUGCCCUAGGUAUGUGCUGGCCACUAGCCACUAGGCACAUGUGCCUAUUUAAAUUUCAAUUAAUUCAAAUGAAAUAAACAUUUCAAAAGCACAAUCUCUGUCACACUUGCGAUAUUUCAUGUGCUCAAGAGCCAGUGUGCGUCGGGGCUACCGUAUCGGACAGCACCGAUCUACAGCCUUUCCGUUGUGCCAGAAAGUGGACGAACGGAGCUGCCCUAGAUUAACUCUGGGCCGAUCCACCCGGCUGUUGGCGGGUUCCUCCUAUGGGCUGAUUCUCUACUCUGUUUGCCCACAGAGACUUGUCCGGUAGUGAACCACAUACGUCUGGUUUAAGCUUAGCGCAGGGAGUUCCCUCUGGCAAUCGGUCUCUUCCCCUCCACUCCCACCACCAUCAUCCUAGCCCUUCGCACCUCCUUCCCACGUAGUUUACCUCCCCCUCCUCUUUCCUCCCCUGCUCCCAAAGAAUCCAUGUGUCUUCCUGAAAUCCUUCUUUGGUCCUGCCCUUUAAGAACACCGUUAGUGCCUACUACUGGGUCUACACAGACCUCCGCUGAGCAGUCAGAGUCUUCCCUGACUCCACAAAGCCCCUUUCCUUGGCUGACCAGUUUGCACACUGGUCCCUGACUGUCCCUUGCCGAUCCCUGCCUCCCUGCCCACCCUUAGGUUGUCCCGUCCUCCCUUCACCACCCACCCAUCCAUCCAUCCAUCCAUCCAUCCAUCCAUCCAUCCAUCCAUCCAUCCAUCCAUGAUCACUCUCCACCGCCCGCUCCCAUGCCCCCACUUCCAAGAGGCUGAGGGGUUUGAACUCUCUAGAUUGCAUCAUGGGAUGAAAUAAACAUCGCUGAGGAAUCUUGUGGGCACCUUACUUUAAAAGUAUUUUUUUCUGAUUGUAAAAUUAACAUGUUAAUUUUAGAAAAAUUGGAAAAUACGAAUGUAGUAAAAGGUAAGAAGAUGCAUCAGUAUUUUACACCAAGAGAGUCACUUAAUAUCUUGUCUUUUUUGGGAGGUAAAUUUUUUACACUGUUACGGUCAUACCGUGUGCUGUAUCGUGCAAUUUUAUAUUCCUAUUCUUUCACUGUUACAUGUGGUUAUCACAGGUUUUUGCAAAGAUACUUUAUACUGGUGGUAGUAUAUUUUAUUGUGUAAUUUCAUCAUUAUUUACUUAACCUUUCAGUUAUUGGGAAUUUAGUCAAUUUCCAAAUUUUCAGUAUUGUAAAUAAUGUUGUGAUGAGCAACUUUGUGAAUAAAAUGAUUUUGUGUACUUCACAUUACUCCCAUAGGACGGGCUCUCGGUGCCAAAUUGCCAAAAGCAUCUCGACUUCAGUCCUUGCCCCACUCUCCUGCUCCCUUAAGGUAGUAAAACUGAAAAUAAAGCAAACAAGCAUACAGAGUAUACAAAUCUUGAAAACAAACAAAACCUCUAACCCUCACGGUAACAGGUGAAAGUGGCAUCCUGUAUGAGCUUUGAAUUCUUUGCUUAUUAAUGACCUCGAUCCCCGUUCUCUCUGUACGAUUGUUGGGCAUUUGUAUUUCUAGUUGUGUGAAUUUGCCUUUAAAUUUUAGGUUUCGCUUUUAUAAGUAAUCAAACAAAUUGCUCUUUUCCUACGUGAUUUUUCCCGUCUUUUCCUGUUCAACAUGGAGACCCUUGCCGAUGUAGAGAUUUAAUAAAUAUUCAUAUUCCUUA